AUGACGAUGAAUCCCAAUUUCCAACAGGUGAUGAUGAAGCCCACCAAGCCUGAACGAUCCCGUUUCAUCUUCAUCUUCUUCCUCUGCGCCGUAGUUUCCAUUUACGAAGUCCGAUCCGGCAAUCUCCUGAAGUUCGGCAGUCACGCUUUCUUCUCCUACAACUCAUCAUCUUCCGCUAGUUUUCUCCCCCUGAAUUCUACCUUCGACGACAUCCGGAUCUUCAUCGGAAUCCUGACCCUCCCCGACCAGUACCAGCACCGGCACGUCCUCUGCAUUAUCUACAGCACCCAGUCGCCGACCGGAGCAAAGGUCGACGUCAAGUUCGUGUUCUGCAACCUCACGAAGGAAGACCAGAAAGUCUUGGUUGCGCUGGAGAUAAUGCGGUACGACAACAUAAUCAUCCUCAACUGCACGGAGAACAUGAACCAAGGCAAGACGUAUACGUACUUCUCGAGCUUGCCGGAGAUGCUGAAUUCCACUGAGGGGCCAUCUCCGCCGUACCAUUACGUAAUGAAGGCGGACGACGACACGUAUCUGAGGUUGGACAACCUGGUGGAGUCUCUAAGGUCAUUGCUGUAA